GAGAGGAUCAUCUCAUGCUGGGCUUCAUCCCUCCCCUUUACUGCUGAAGAGGGUUCUGGCACCGCCCUUGCCAGGAGCCGACCAGAGGAGCCUCCCUCCAGCAAAGGCAGCCUUCAGCUUUCAGUCCUCAGUGUGGUGGGACAAAGGCUCACCAUGAGAAAGUCCCACCGGUUUUGGGUUCUGACAGUGGUGCUCAUCUGCGUCAUCAUCUAUGCCAGCUUUGUCACUCGGAAUCACUUGGAGCCUCCGCCAUCUCCUCACCAGCCUGGUCGUCGGGACAAAGUCAUCAUCCUCAACAAUGGCUCCACAACUAUCCGCCUUGACAGCAGCAUCUAUGAGGACUUCUUCCCACAGCUCCAGCGCUACCAGUGCCGUGAACUGGUCUCCCAGGAGGACCUGUGCCAGCAGGAUCUCUCCCCAAAGGGCCCCCCGCUGCUCCUCCUGGCCAUCAAGUCCCACCCGGCCUCCCACAGUCGGAGGGCCGUCCUGCGCCGCACCUGGGCCCGGCCGAGGGAGACGGGGGGCUUCCAACUGAGGCACGUCUUCCUCAUGGCUACGGAUCCCCAUGUUAAGCACUCCAACCUGGCGUGGCAGGAGAGCAAAGCCAUUGGAGACAUCCUGAUGUGGGAUUUUGUGGAGUCGCACCACAACCUGUCUCUCAAAGAGCGGUGCUUUCUUCAGUGGAUGCAAAGAAACUGCCAGCAAGCUGCCUUCGUCUUCAAAGGAGAUGACGACCUCUUUGUCAACAUAGAGGCACUCACUGAAUACCUUCAUCAGACGCCCAACGUUUCCGAAUUCAUCCAUGGCAACAUUCAGUACCGUUCCGCAGUAGUAAGAAAGGGAAAGUAUGCUGUGUCCUCGGCUUUCUACCCACUGUGGGUGUACCCCAACUUUGCCUCUGGCGGGGGGUUCAUCAUGCCCCAGUCCACCAUCCCAGAACUCUACAACGCAUCGCUGUGGAUGCCAGUCUUCCCGCUGGAUGACGUUUAUCUGGGGCUCCUGGCCUUGGCUGCGGGGCUCCAGUAUCACCACGACGGGCACUUCCGUGUGUGGGGACCCCCAAAAGAUGAACUCGAGGUGUACCGAGACUCUGUGGUUGUCCAUGGGAUCUCGAUGGAGAGGAUUGAGCAAGUGUGGAAUGGGAUCCAGAAGCCCGACCAGACAGGCAGUCCUGGCCACUAGCCUUUGGACCUGGGCAGAGAGGGGUUUGAAGCCCGCCCUCUGCCCACAGACAAGGCCAACAGACAGACUGCCUUGUCUCAAACCAUCAAGGAGCGA